UGUAUGUAUUUCUCAUGUAUUUUUGUGGACGAGAAGUGAAUUUGAAUUUUAAAGAUCAAAACGAGAGGGGAGAUGGUGUUUGCAUUGUAAAUAUACUUAAUAUGUGAUAUUUAAACCAACGGUUAAGAUCCCGCGGGGAAUGUCAUUGUGUGACUGAUUUCCUGUGAUAAAUAAUGUCUCAACAACCUUUUGAGGGCCAUAUCAUAGGUAUAUUAAACUCUGGUGAAACAUUCGACCAUGCGACAAAGCAGACUGCUCAGCACCAUUCAUAGUUCCACAAUACAACCGUUUGAGGACCAUUAUUUCUAUAUCCAGAGGUCUCCACACCAUUCUGCUUUGGCGCGGCGUUCUGUCAAUAUCGACCGAGGAUCACCGAAGGUGAUUGGUUGGCGAUAAUUGUCUCACACUGUGGCAUCCCAUGCAAUGAAGCCAUAUCAAAAGAUUUUUAUGGAUAUGAAAUCAUGACAAAAAUGACAAUUUUUGUUGACUUGGCUAAGUCAGCCAAAAUCAAGUGUACCCGAAUGCCAGAGAAUGUUAAGAAGAUUUUGAGACCUUAAUGUCAAACAAUGUGACGCAAGGCUUAAUAUUUCAGAAGUAUAUUUUUCACUAAUACAAAACACGAAACAGGAUUGUAAAAAAUUGGCACCCAUGUUAGUCAAAGGAUUGUGAUUUGAUUUGAAUUUUGAGUCAACAAGAUGUCUUUGGCCUUUGAUGUUUCUGGGCCAACUCACCGUUUGUCCCGUCAGGCGACAACAAUAGAGGUGUUUAGGCAUUCUCAUCUGGUCCCCUUUCGACGUCAUCACUCUAGCCUAGAUCUUCUGCAGCUCACGCGCGAAUCAAAGGAUGGUAAAAUCCCAACUAGUAGCAGGACCGUGGACGGAACUGCUAUGGGGGUAGUGAAGAAAAAGCCCUCCCAGAAGCUGACCGGAUAUUCUUCCAAUUCCAAUAGUCGUCCGGGGUCGGAAAACUCGGAAGAUGAUAAAGCAGAAAAUAAGACACCACGAAAAUUUCCCAUUUUAGGACCAACAAGGCAGCAGGCAGAGUUUUAUUUCAAACAGAAAAACAAAGAGUUACAAGGAUUGACAUUAAACAGUGGAUCCUCAUCUGAGCACGGGAAACACCUGAACACCAGUGAAAAGGCGCUUCUGGACUCUAACGAUGAAGUAGAGAAAUUACGGGCCAGCUUCGCUAGUCUUACAACGACAUCACUGGGACAUCAAAACUCACAGAGUUUUAAUGACGUUCGUUUCCUGGCAGAACUAGUGAAACCUAUGCAAUACAGACUCAAACUAAACAAGAGAAAAGAAAAAGUGAUCUUCCCAUCAAAAUAUGGCUAUCAUCCUCGUUCACAUUCUCCAACUUUCAAACGGUUAAUUCAAGCCACCGAAAAACUGGAGACCAUUGCAAAAGAAGAGAACGAGGAACUGAGAGCGAAGGCGGAGCUAGAGCGAAGUUAUACCAUUCACUCUACAUCGGGGUUUGAGAAUCCUUUGAAAAGAGAAGUUAGAAGAUAUGGUACUUAUAAACUAAGUGUGCCCGAAACAUUUGUUAGAAACAAUGUUAGUGAAGUGCCUUCUCCGAAAGUAGAACCAGUGGUUCUCCCCAUUUCAAAGGGACUGCAAAUUCCUCAAGAGUAUCCACCAAAAGAACCAUUGGUGGAGGAAGAUAUUGAGGAAGAGGAGGACGAACAAGACGACGAAGAUGAUUAUAUUUCAGAGGAGGAAAUCACAUCCGAGGCUUAUUUUAAAGUAGACUUCCGGGUGAACGAUGGCUCGCAUGCGCAGCUCCACUUGUUUUUGCCAAAAAUUAAUGAUGUUGACAACGAAUCAAGGACUGCUCGAUAUGGGUCAGGCUCCGUGAAAAAUGAAGUUAAAAAGACUGGAAAAUUACCACACAUAUCAAACUCUCAAUCUUCCGGGUCAAACCGUAACCCAAAUGUGCGCAGAAGCAGAAAACCGGAUGUUACACGGAAAAAGAAACGGAGACUAGAGAGAAUCCGGUCGGCGGCAGACAAUGACCAUCGCCGAGUCAGGGAUCACUUGAAUGACGUUGCCACGAUGAUGUCAAUUGAACAGGACUUUCACAACAAAAAGCAUGAACAUGACUCUCUUUGUCAAUUUGAGAAUUGUCCGUAUCAUUCUAUACCCAAAAAUAAUAUAACAGUCAGCUAAUACAUAUAAUAGUUCCCAUCAUUGUAAUCCUUAAAUACAGUUACAGUGUAUCAUUUUAUUAUGAAGAACUCCAGAUGUUAUUACGCAAGUGAUAUCCUAACCUAAUAAUUUUAUGGAACUUGUGAUGAAAUCAUGCUGCAAUUUUAUUUAGCAUUCCUAUUUUUGUAAAGGUAUCUUGUUAAUAAUGACAAAUAAAAAUACAGAAAUAAGCACAA